CAUGGCCGCUCUGUUUCAAUAUGCAUUGCAUUGCAGGGGAAGCGAGACGGACAAACUACGCCGGCCCAUCCCCACCUUUAUAUGAGCACGUCCUCGCAAGCCCCUUCGCAGCCCGACACUCACGAGCCACGGCGCCACGCAAGGCUUUGGCGCGCGAUCAUGCAGCCCGCGGUCGGCACGGGCGUGAUGGACAUAGACCUCGGCGCGGCCCGGGCGGCGCGGGUGCUGGGCCGCGGCGCAAUGGGCACGGUGUUCCUGGUCGCCGCCGCCGGCGCCGAGGCCGAGGCCGGGUACGCGCUCAAGGUCUUCGACAAGCGCUCCCACGCGGCGGCGCCGCCCGGGCGCGCGGAGGACGCCGCGCGGCGCGCGCGCUGGGAGGUGUCCGUGCUGUCCUGGCUCGCGCACCCGCACCUGCCGUCGCUGCUGGGCCGCGCCGAGACGCCCGACCUGCUCGCCUGGGCCAUGCCCUACUGCGCCGGGGGCGACCUCAACGAGCUCCGCCGCGCGCAGCCCGACCGCGUCUUCUCCCCCGCCGCCGUCAGGUUCUACGCCGCCGAGCUCGUCUCCGCGCUCGCCGACCUCCACGCCGCCGGGAUCGCAUACCGCGACCUCAAGCCCGAGAACGUGCUCCUCCGCGCCGACGGCCACGUCACCCUCACCGACUUUGACCUCUCCCGGCUGCUCCCGCCCAAGUCCCCUUCCGCCUCCACGUGCACCUCCGCCUCGUCGCCGUGCUCGUCGGCUACGCCGUCGCCGACGGCGCCGAAGCCCCAGGGGCGACACUACCGCCACCUGCGCCGAAUCUUCGCGAGAAGCGAGUCCUCGGUGGCGGCGUCGUCCGGGCAGGAACCCCACAACCUGGCAUGGUACCUUAACAGAAGCGACGGCGGCGUCGACAAGCUCAAGAAGGCCAAGUCCGCCAGGGCGUCGACGCCGUUGAGCCGCGGCAAGAACCACGCGAGCUUCCGCUCGGCCGCGAGCGGCGGCGUCGCGUGCGAGAGGUCCUUCUCGUUCGUGGGCACGGAGGAGUACGUGGCGCCGGAGGUGGUGAGGGGCGACGGCCACGAGUUCUCCGUCGACUGGUGGGCGCUCGGGGUGCUCGUGUACGAGAUGGCGUUCGGGAGGACGCCGUUCCGCGGCCGGAACCGGAAGGAGACGUUCCGGAACGUGCUGCUCCGGGAGCCCGAGUUCUCGGCCGACGUCGGGCGGCGGUGGCCGGACCUCACCGACCUCAUCGCGCGCCUGCUGGAUAAGGACCCCGCGAGAAGGCUGGGCUUUUCCGGUGGCGCCGACGAGGUCAGGGCGCACCCGUUCUUCGCCGGGGUGGCGUGGGACUUGCUAGGGGAGGUGUCCCGGCCGCCGUACAUCCCACCGCCGGCCGAUGACAUUGUGGCGUGCGAGGGAUUCGGCGUGGUAGAUUACUUCCAGAAGCUUCACCAGCCUCCACCGCAGCCGGACGGAUCGCCAGAGUCCUUGCCAGAGUUCUGACGUUCGUUCGUUAUUUUCACCUGCCAUGUCAGUUUUUACCGUUUUGCACCUUAGAGAAUCACUAUAUCUUGUGACUAGGGUUUACUUGUAUUGUGCUGGUCGUAUGUGUAAAUAUACGACACUAAGAGCAA